AUGGAUAAGUUGGUGGUGACUGCAAAGCCAGUCGUCGAGACGGUGCUGGGUCGGUUUGCGUGGGCCUCGCGGCCUCAUCAUCACAUACAGGUUCGCCAAAAGAAGAAGCCGCCACAGUGCACCGGACACCGCGGAAUCAAGCUGGGAAGUCAGAACUGUGAGCUGGCGGAGGAGAUCUGUGCAAUUGGUGGACAGUUUCCAGAACUCUCGGCAGGGCCGAUCUCACUGGACUUGCUGAGUAUCGUCCUCAAGGCGAAGGAAGAUGGCAAAUUGAAGGCUGCUGCUGGCUGCGGAACUGGCCACCUCCCACGGGUCCAGCCAAAUGUCGAUGCUCAGGUCAAAAACUGGGCUACAGCUGCAGAUGCGACGCAGAUGGCUUCCAAAGGAGAAGCGAGAAGCCAAGGCAAAGGUAACCAGCGCCAGACCAAGGGCAAAGGCAAGGAAGGACACGGCAAAGGCAAAAGCAAGGCGAGAGGGAAGAGCAAGGACAUGGCCAAAGGUGGAGACGCAAGCAGGGAAGAAGGGGCUCCUGCUCAAGUGCAGCACCAGCGCUCAGCAGACUCGAAGGGCAAGGCGAAGGGCUCCGGCAAAAAGGGCUCCAAGGGCAAGGCGAAGAAGACCAGGCAGGCUAAGCUGACGGCUGAAGAAGAGGACAUGAAUCUCAUGCAGAGUGGAGCCAACAGCUGGAAGGAGGGCAGGCAGCAUUCCGCCUUCUUACGCUUCUUGUACAUGAGUACGGCUUCAAGCAAAGAAGAGACAAGCACCGUUUACCAGCUCGCCCUUCGAGUCGCACUCGGGCGCGGACUGCUGCGGAUGCAGGCGGCAUUUGAGUCGCAGGGCUCCAGGACAGUUGCAGAGUCCCGGGAGUGUGAGGCUCUCGGGCUGGUCCUCCUCGUCCUUCGAGUUUCAGGGGUAUUUCUGGAUGGUGAUGCUGGGCACAAAGCUGCUCUGAAGAUCGACGAGGAGCCGCAUGACUCAGGAUCUGUCUUGGUCCAGCUGAAUGCGACGGUGAAGCGGGGAGCGAAGCCAAAUGAGACAGAACCGGCGGUGGUACACACCCAGAAGAUUGAACAGACCAUCAAGGACUCUGUCACAACCAAGAAGGGCAAAAUUGCUCGUGAGACCAGCACCAAAGGCAAUGGCACCGAGUCUGCAACAGAAUCAGACGCCUUGGAGAACGGGACCCAGGUCGACGAGCACACGGCCUUUGCUCACGCGCACUACCAACAGAAUGCAACAAAUGGGACCGACAUUUCUGUCGUUGUCCGGAUCGCGGAGCCGAAUCAAGUCAUCACCCUGUACCUGCUCAUCUUCGUUCCGCUUGCAAUGGCUUGGACCUACUACUACUAUCGAGGCUCAGAGGGUACUUCGCCCCAGCAGCUCUACCUGCUUCUGCUGCAGCUCAGUGUUGCGGCCCUGACCCUGGGCACGACUCUGGUGAACCAGUCACUUUGCGUUCUGAUGAAGGCGCCGAUGGCGCUCACAGCUAUGCAAAGUGUGUCUAUGAUUGUCUUCGGUGCUGGUCUCACCACUGUGCACUUCUGCAGAAGCGAAUCCAGGCCCACUUUCAGUGCCUUGCGAAAAGACUUGACGCUUUGGCUGCCAGCUGCGUCAGCUUUUGGUGUCUAUCAGCUAGCUGACCACUUCGAGGCCAAUUUUUGCUCGCUCUCGGAGCGAACAGUCUUCGGAAAUUUGGCACCCGUCUUGGGUCUAUUUCUUGAACUGAGCCUCGCAUCCUUCAUGCAACCGCGAGCAUCCGAGAAAGCAUCUGCCAACUUGUCGUCCAAGAUGGCGCUGGCCGCCAAAGUUUUCGGAGCGACAAUCUUCGCGCUGCAGUAUCCAGACUUCAAUGCCAGAGGCAUGGAGGUGUCAACGUAUUAUGUCAUCUCCAUGGUGAUCUACAGACUCGUGCAACGUUGUAUUUUGGGCCAUGUGAAGAGCCCUCUCGCUGUGCUUACCGCAACUGACGGUAUUGUCUGCUUCGUGAUCGCGGGAUGCCUGAGCAGAAGCGAGGUUGAUGAUAUGUCUUAUUCUCUGCAUCUGUGGUGGAGCAACGGAUCCAUAAGAACGAUGCUCGCUUUAUCCUGCGUGGCCUUCAGUCUCGGACACUGGGCCACUCUGCACCUUGUGAAUACAGACACGGCCACGGCGGUGAUGGUUAUUGGCAAUAUCGCCAGUGGCUUCAGCGUAUUUCAAGGCAUUCUGUUUUUCCAUGAUGAUGACUUUCAGCGGCCCGUUGCCUUUGCCGGAAUCCUGAUUGUGAUUUUUGCCGGCAUCUGGUGGACGAUUAACCAAAGCAUGGGUGCCACCGACAACGGUGAAAAGCAGACAGACGACGGCGCUGUUGCGGUGUCUGCUCCGGAAGACGGUCAGUGA